AUGGAUAGAGACGAACUAUCACUCCCAGAAGAAAUUCUUUCGACUACGUCUUCAUCUUCAUCAUUCGUACCAGUUGAUCAAAUUCAAGAUGCUAUUCAAAUCAUUGAUGAAAAUAAACAAUUCAAUCAAGAAAUCUUGUCCUACAUAAAGAAAACUACUAAGACUGUUGGCAAUGAUUAUCAUAUCAUUUCUGUGUUUGGAUCUCAAUCGACUGGGAAAUCAACUUUAUUAAAUCGGUUAUUUAAUACCAAUUUCGAUGUCAUGGAAGAAUCAAGACGUCAACAAACUACCAAGGGGAUCUGGUUAGCUAGUUCACCUAUUAUCUCCAAUUCAAAAUCAAGUACUAAACAACAACAAGUUGAUGAAGGUGAUUCUAUUCUUGUUAUGGAUGUUGAAGGUACUGAUGGUAGAGAAAGAGGUGAAGAUCAAGAUUUUGAAAGGAAAGCUGCUCUAUUCGCUAUGGCAACUUCAGAAAUUUUGAUUCUUAAUAUUUGGGAAACUCAAAUUGGUUUAUAUCAAGGAGCUAACUUGGGAUUAUUAAAAACGGUAUUUGAAGUUAAUAUAUCAUUAUUUGGAAAAUCAAAAUUAGAAAAGACAAAUGAUCAUAAAGUUUUAUUAUUAAUUGUUAUAAGAGAUCAUAUUGGUACUACUCCCAAGGAAAAUUUAGCUGAUAUUAUCGUUCAAGAUUUAAAUCAAAUUUGGGAUACAUUGAAUAUCCCAACUGAAUUAAGUCAUUUGAAAUUUAAUGAUUUUUUUGAUAUUGAUUUCCAUGCGUUACGUCAUAAAGUUUUACAACCUAAAGAAUUCAUGGAAGAUAUUUAUGAAUUAGGAAAUGAAUUCAAAGGGUUAUUCAAACCUAAUUAUCAUCAUAAUAUCCCUAUUGAUGGUUGGACUUUAUAUGCUGAGAAUUGUUGGAAUCAAAUUAAUAAUAAUAAAGAUUUGGAUUUACCUACACAACAAAUUUUAGUGGCUAAAUUUAAAUGUGAUGAAAUUAUUUCCACUAUAUUUGAUGAAUUUUUAGUCAAAUUUAAUGAAUUACCAAAUUUGAUUAAUGGAGAUUAUGAAAAUUUUGGUCUUUUAUUGAUUGAUUUAAGAGAUGAUAUUUUGGAAAAUUAUAAAUCAUUAGCAUCAAAAUAUAAUAAAAGUGUAUUUGAACAAAAGGAAUUAACUUUAAAGGAUAAAUUGAAUGGGAAAUUUAAAGAAAUCUUUGAUACCCAAGUUAAAUUAUUGUUGGAAACUAAUAUUAAUAAAUUUAAAUCCACCAUGAUUGAAUAUUCCGGAUCGAAAACGUUUUAUAAUCAAACUUUAACUUUACAAAAGGGAAUCAGUCAAGAUUUUAAUCAACAAAUCAAACAUAUUUCUUUGAAUGACGAUCUUUCUUAUGAUCAUCAUGUGGAAGAAUUUAAUACUCAAAUCAAUAAUCUUAUUCAAAAACAACAAGUUCUUGAAUUGCAAAAUAUUUUAAAUAAAUCACUUAAGAAAUUAAAUAAUGGAUUGAAUAAGUAUUUACAAUUUGAAUUGAAUGAUCCAAAGGCUGACCUUUGGGAUAAUGUGUUACUGAAAUUCAAUCAAAUCAAUGAAGAAUUAUUCACUAAUUAUACCUCAAGUGAAGGUAAGAUUGAUUUUGGAUUAGGUACUACUGACCAAAUUAAUAAAGAUUCGAUUGCGAAAUUUAAAUUUAAAUCAUGGGUUAAAUUUUAUGAAAUUAAUCAUAAAUUAAUCAGUAAAACCAAUCUUUUGACAUUAUUAAAGGAUAGAUUUGAUGAUAAAUUUAGAUAUGAUGAAAAUGGAUUACCCAAAUUAUACAUUGAUGCUCAUGAAUUAGAAGUUCAAUUUGAUAAAUCAAAGAGUUUUUCCUUGGAUAUCUUACCUAUUUUAUCCCUUGCUACUUUGAAAGAUGGUAGUGAAAUCUUACCUGAAUUUGAUAUUUUCAAUAAAACAUUAAGAAUCAAGUAUCUUGGAAAAGAACAAGUUGAACAAGAUGAUGAUGAUGAAGAAGACGAUGAUGAAGAUAAAUGUUUUGCUGAAAAUAUCACUGAACAAGAAAAAUCGGAAAUUUUAACUAAAUUCAAGAAAGAAAUCGAUGCUAAAUUCAUUGAAACCAAGAGAUCCAUUGUGCAACAUAUUACUCAAAUCCCAUACUACAUUUAUUUAAUCAUCGUUGCAUUGGGAUGGAAUGAAUUCAUGGCUAUACUUCGAAAUCCAUUAUUAUUUUCGUUAUUAAUUAUCAUUGUGGCUGGGGUAUAUAUAUUAUAUCAAUUAAAUUUAUUAAGACCGGCAUUAAUUGUGGUACAAAGAUUAAUUGAUGAAGUUAUAAAUGUCACCAAAGAGAAAUUAAGAGAAGUUUUAAUUGAUGAUUAUCAACCUUCCGGAAGAAGAUUAGAAAGAAUUAGUAAGAAUAAAUUGGAAUUUGAAAAUAAAAAUGAUAAUGAUGAUGAUGAUGAUCAAGGUGAAACGAUUGAAUUACAAGAUUUAAAAUCAAGUACAUAG